AUGUGGAAUCUAUUUUAUAUAUUUGUAUUCAUUAUAACCAAUGGUUCAGGAGCAUUUCAAGAUAACAGCCCGUACAAACAACCGAAUGGUCCUUCCACUCGUUCUCAAUCACCACCUCCCUUCAACGAAUCUUAUCAAUUCGUUGUUUUAACCGGCGGAAAAGUUUAUGGACUUUCAACGAACUCGAAUUCAGAAACCGAGUAUACAUGUACGCCAGAACGAAAAGAUGUGGUUAUUGCAAGCGGGAAAAUAUUGAGUAUAAUGGAUCCAUCGCAAACAACUGCAUUCGUAAAUUCGAUUCGAGAGAGCAAGUUAACCAUUCUGCCUAUUUCGGUUCAAGACCACAUCGUUAUACCAGGACUUGUCGAUGUUCAUGUACAUGCAAUUGGAGGUGGCGGAGAACAAGGACCGUAUUCACGAACUCCUGAAAGUCGUUUAUCGCAAUUGAUCAAUGGUGGGCUGACAACCAUUGUUGGAAUAUUGGGAACGGAUGGUGUUACAAGAAGUCUUUCAUCGUUGUUGCAAAAAAUGAAAAGUCUCCAACACGAUGGGCUUACAACAUGGAUGUGGACUGGUAGUUAUCGUAUUCCAAUUGUUACACUCACCGGAUCGCUUCAACAAGAUGUGCUCUUGAUUGAUAAAAUUAUAGGAGCUGGUGAACUAGCGUUGAGUGAUCAUCGAUCAAGUUGGCCCUCAAAAGAUGAACUCAAACAGUUACUUAGUGACGUACGAGUAGCCGGAAUGUUAAGUGGCAAAGCAGGUGUAAUUCAUUUUCAUAUGGGUUCAGCUCCGACAAAAAUUGAUUUGCUUUGGCAAAUUUUAAACGAAACAGCCAUUCCAAUUCAACACAUGUACUUGACUCAUAUGUCAUCACGAGGAGAUGCUCUCAUUGAAGAGGCUAAAAAAUGGAUUCAAGCCGGUGGUAUGUGCGAUUUUACUGCCGAUGCUGAAGUUCUCAAUGAAACUGCAACAAUCGAAACAUUGAAUAAAUUUCGAGCAGAGAAAUUGCCAUUGAAGCAAAUUACAGUAUCCAGUGAUGCUUAUGGAUCAUUUCCAGAAUAUGAUUCAUCAGGUCGCUUAGUUUCCUACAGCAUGGGUCUUCCAGAUUUAACUUUGAAGACAAUACAAAAUCUAGUAUUGAAAUAUUCAUGGCCUAUCGCAGAAGCAAUUCAAUUUUCUACAUCAAAUCCGGCAACAUACCUAAAUUUGAAAGGAAAAGGAUUUUUAGGGGAAGGUUAUGAUGCUGAUGUUCUUGUUUUAAAUGAAACAGAUUUAACGCCAUUGUAUGUCAUUGGAAGAGGACAAAUACUGAAAACACCAACUUGGGUUAAGCAUGAUAUGUUCGAACAGUUCAGUGGAUAA